AAAAAUUGAUAGUGCAAGUAGUGGAUGGAGUAAGUGUCUGUUGUCCUUUGAGCAACAGGUCAGCGCCUGAUCUCUGCGCCUGUGCGUCCAGUCCGUGCCCCGGCAGCGUGAAGGAGCCCUGACCUGCCCCACUUGCACCAUCAGCGCAUAAGCGUGCAGGCGUGAAGACCUACAUGUCUGUAUACUGUCCUCAAGUCUACUGCUCUGUGUUUGUGCCGUGCCGUGAAAUGACCGAAGUGAUGAUCAGCGGUACUCAGAUGGAGGACAUGCGGCUCAGCCCCAGCAAAGACUGCCUGCCCUUCCAGAUCUUUCCAGAUCCUUCGGAUUUCGAGCGAUGCUGCAAACUGAAGGACCGCCUGCCGUCCAUCGUGGUGGAGCCCACGGACGGAGAGGUUGAGAGCGGAGAGCUGCGCUGGCCUCCAGAGGAGUUCAUCGUCAGCGAGGAGGAUGAGGAUGAGGACGAAGAGGAAGAGGAAGAGAGCAAUGGGAAGGCACAGAUGGGACAAGUGCAGAAUUCUCAGCACUAGAAAGGACUGAAGUGACUUUUUUCCCCAUGCAAAUACACACACAUCCUGGUUUGUAUUCAUCUGAAAUCUCAAAGGAUCAUUUCAAAAGUCCUGGUCGCCUCCUUUCCACCCUGAUCUAAAACCUGGUGCUAAAUUGAAGGACAAACAAGCGCUCCUACUUUGAGAUGAGAAAUGAAUAUGGCCCAUUUGCUCACUAAACAUGACGAAACCCACAUUGCAUGUUUCCUCAGAACCUCAAUAUGUACCCCCAGAUCCCCCAUUGUUUACAUACUGACAAACCUUCUUGUUCGUCUCUGUUCUCAACUCAUAAAUACGUGUACAGCUCUGCAUAUGCAUAUAAGUGCAGGUGACUGAGGAGGCCUUUGGUUCCUGAUCUUUAGUAGACUUUUAUGUCUAAUCCUGUCGUUUGCUGGUCUCUCAGAACCAGAGAAACCAAGAAAGCUAAGUUCGGCCCACCUGCGAUUCAAUGGAUUCAUUGGAACCAGUUUUUUUUUUUGUUGUUGUUGUUUUUUGUUUUUCUUUUCUUCAUUGGUUGAAGUGUUAUGAUGCUGGCUAGAUUGGGUCUAGCAUUGAUGGCCUGUAGAAUGUCAUGAAUUUCAGACAAGCGAAAGAAAGUAUGAAUGCUAGAAAGAUGAGCACUGGUGGGAUCGUUCAAUCUGAGUUUGCGUCACUUGAAAGCCAAUUGGAAUGUUUUAUAGAGGGCAUAUUUACAUAUGCAUGUUUAGAAUCGAAGCUAUAGAUUAUGUUGGAUCAAUCAUUUCGGUCAUUUUACUGAGACUGGGCCAGCCUAGCCUCGGCCAGAUAUGAUAUGAUGAUGAGAAUUCACAUCUGGGGAUAACUUGUUAAAAUUUUGGUGGGACGAAAUCUACCACAAAGAAGAUACGUCCUCUCUCAAAACACAUCAGGCUCUUCUUUAAUGUCCAAUAUGCGAAACCAGCUAGCUGGGAAAUGCUACUGGUGGCUACUUAAACCACUUUGUCCUGCCUGGAAUGUGUCCUCUACACUCCUGUCUUCAUACUGUCUUCAUUGACGUUUUAGCCAGGCUAACUUACUUUCAUCAACUUACUGCAGGCUUGGUGUUCGACGGACAGUGUUGACCAGUGCACCUUUGGCCAGCACUUUGAUAUCCACCUUCACAAGGUCUUUAAUUGGUUUAGAAUCUUCAAACUCAGUUUGUUCCCACCCACAUUUGGCCCCAAAGCUCUCCUCGUUGUCCCCAGAUGCUAUCCCACUCCUAUUCUCGCUGUCCUUUUUCCUUCCUUUGGAACUAUUUCAUUCUCCAUCUAAUACUGUAUGUAAAUAGUAUUUGUACGCCGACAUAAUCUAUUUCACUGUGAAUAUCCACAAAUUAUUGUGUGUCUUUGUACAUACCAGGUUUCUUGUCCGGUAGCGGUUGAGUGGCGGUUCAAUUGGACACACGGAGAUAAAUAAUCAAAUUAAUGCCGUUCUUUCAUCCAAACGCUUCCUUUUCUUCACGGUCAUUUCUUUACGGGAGGUCAUACUGAGACGUUAGCUGACCUGUAUUUCGCCAGACAUUGAUUUGAGUCUUCCUGCUUCCACUGGGGUGUCAGGAGGGGGUUAUUUUAUGCACACUGAGAACCUACCUGGCCCGGCCUUUCUUUUUUCCUCAAGCCAUCCUUGUCCCGCAGUGGAAAGGUCCUGAAGGGUCACCUUGGCACUGAGAGCACCUUGUAUAUUGACACAUUGAGACGGGACAUCUAGCCUUUUUUUGCAUUUUUGUUUCUUUGUUUUUGUUUUUCUACGUCCUGACUGUAUAGAGGCUUUCGUGUAAGUCAUCCGUCUGUGUAUGUGGGAGUGUAUGUGUGUGUUUUAAGGCAGAGGGUCUCCUCUCCUUCGCGUGAACCACCUGUAGAUUUGUUCGCUCUGUAUUUGUGUACAGCUCAGGGAGAAUAGCUGCCAUUUAUUUUUUUUUCUGUUUUCUUUUGAUUUUUUUUUUUUUUUUUGGGGUCUUGAUUUUUCUCGUUACCACUUCUCUGUAACAGACAGAGGCUGUAAAUAAACAUUUUGAACGUGAUUUACAAA